AUGCAUCCUUGGCCAUGGCCUCCGCCUCUACCUUCACCGUUUCCUCCGGAUCCUCGCCAGUAUCCGGGACCUUUCCUCCCUCCGAAUGUCCCACCGGCGCCAUAUCCACCGUUUCUCAACGGGGUACCACCUCCACCCUUCAUGAACAUGCCAGCAGCGAACCACUGGCGAGCGCAUUCUGGCUUCACUCACAUGCCCAGCCAUUUUGCCGCCAUGCAUCAGAUCUUCGCGCCGCCGUCGCUCGAGCUCUCUGACAACGAUGAUCUACGCGAGGAGGGACAACGGGAACGCUCGUCCGCGCCGUCGCUCCAGCAGCUUUUCAAUGGGGCGCCAUCGAUCACGGAGAUCGAAGAGUCGGACACGGAGGAGUAUGUUCCAUCGCGCCAGAGGCGGACUCCGGAGUCCAUCGCUACCAUCAAUGCCCAACACCCAAAAGCCAGUGCCGGUGUUCCUUUUGUCAAAGCAGCAAAGAAGCUCAAUCUGGCUUCACAGGAUGCCUUAGUGUUCUAUACACAGUUCUACCGAGGAUAUGAAAAAGAAGUGGCACCUCUCCGUUCGUAUGCGGACGAAGGCUCCUUGAAGGCGAUCUGGCGCCAAAAGGUGAAUCCUCUCCGCCGUCGAACAAGUAACGGAAGCCCGAGGACGGUGUGGAGUGGUACCACGAGGGUUGGCACGGAGAGCUACAGGAAAGACUAUCACUCUGCAACCGGAAAGACUGAGUCCAUAGGGCGUACUGAGGUCGACAGCGAGGAUUCAGACCGACGAUCGUCAAAGAAAAUGUUCGAGUCGGUCACGGAGAAGCUCUUGGUCAGCCUUCUGGAACUCGCACGAGCUCGCAUCAAACACGACGAAUGGCUUUACAUUGCACUAUCCGGUCAGCAAUCGGAGUCGAAGGCAGUGCUGAGGGUGGAUGAGAUGCGACGCAUUGUUAGAAAGGUCGGUCAAGCUUAUAGCGAAGUGCAAGAGCUAGUCCAAGCUGCACGAGAGCGCCCAGAGCGGAUGGUCCCGCUCAUACGAGAGAUUCGUUUGAUCGAAAGUAUUAUUGGAGCGACUCUGCAAGGUCGUAGCGGGCGCAUCACUCCUGAAGCACGAAACGGAAGCAGCGCCGGACGAGACUACGCCGCCGAUGAAUGUGUUUGCCCUACAGAGGCAACUGAAGGCGAGGCUCAGUUUGAUUGA